UAACAGACCACAAAGCCAUUCCCAAGCUUGAUUCCUCUGCUAGGCGUGUUGGUUCCUGAAAAGUGUCUCUCUCUUCCUGCGCUGGGCACAGCAGUUCAGGCAGGCGACGUACUGUGUCAUUCUGCGUAAAAACCGGCGCGGUAUCCAUGGUGACAGACAACGCUUGGAUCGCUCUUCCUGGCCAAGCGCACAGAAGGAAACAGCGUAACACUUUUUAGUGAGAUAAUUGCUGUUUUGCUUCUUUCGUUUCAAGAAAAUUGGCCCAAUGGGAGAGAGAGAGUCUGUGGAGAGAGAGGAGAUGGGCCUACACAUUCCCUACUACCCUCUCCCAGAGGAAAUACAACAGAUGGAGAGGUCGGAGACUGUGUGUCAGUACUGCGGUGUGAGUUAUCUCAUCCUCCACGAGUUCCAGCUCCUCCAGGACAGGUUGGCCCAGGUGGAGAGAGAGCUCCAGAACCAGAGAGGGACCACAGAGAGAGAGAGAGCCAAGAGAGAGCUGCUGGAACUGGGCAGAGAGGAGUGGGAGAGGGCUCUGAGAGAAGAGAUCCAGAGAGGGGCCACGGAGAAAGAGAAAGUCCUGAGAGAAGAACAUGAAAAGAGGUUUGAAGAGAGGAGAUUCCUAAAUGAGGAGAUAGAAAAAAGGAGUGAGGAGAGAUGGAGAGUCCUGAAAGAAAAACUCCAACAGUCCAGUACUCAUCUGGAGGAACAGAGGGAAGACCUACAUCAACUGGAAGAGAGGCUGAAGAGUGUGGGUUUGGAGCGAGGCAUGACAGAGGGGCUGCUGUGUAAAGAGAGAGAGCUCUGCCAACAGCUCAGAGAGAGGUGCGUAAGACAGCAGCAGGCCCUGACUGCCACCCUGUCUCUGCUUCGAUGCUCUCGUGAGGAGCUAAGAGAUGUACAGGGUUUCCUUAGCCAACUGACAGGGGCCUGGGAGGACUGCAGUUCACAGCUACUGGAGAGGAGCAGGGAGUCAUACUCAGUGCUCAGGGAGGAGCUGAGGAGUGUGUGUGUCGAACUCCAGAGGAUCAGGACGGAGAGAGAGAACGUGGAGCAGAAACUCAUAGUUCAGAGCAGAAAGACAGAAGAGCUGGUGAACCAACAGACACACGCCCAGAGGGAGCACAGAGAGAGACUUCUCAGGCUAUCCCAAGAGCUCAGGGAGAAGGAGGAAGGCUGGUUGUCAUGCCAAUGCAGGUGUAACUCUCUACAAUCACAGCUGUUGGCAUGUCAACAGAGAGAGGAGGAGGCAACCCGGAAGUACUCUGUGGCUGAGCAGGAAGUGGAAGCUCUGAGGAGAAAACUAGAACACGCCCAACAGAAGAGCAAAGACCUGAGGAGAGACAGUGAGAGGAUGAUGGAGUCCCAUCGUAAAGCCUUGACCAAGAUGGAGGAUGACUACAGACAGGAGCUGCCCUUCAAGCUACAGGCAGUUCUGGAGGAGCAGAGAACCCAGAAUGCUGUGCGUCUGAAGGAGCAGGAAGAGGAGCUAAAGAGGGAGGCGGGGUUAGAGCUGGUGAUUGACAGGGAGAAGAGUCGGGAGCUGCUGCUGCAGUACCAGAGAGAGAAGGAGCAGAUGCAGAGGAAGCUGUCCUCCCAGGUCCACUCAGCCACACAGGAGCUCAGAGAGGAGGUGCAGAGACUGAGGGAGAUGCAGGAGGAGAGGAGCACUAAAGAGGAGAGGCUACAGCGUGUACUACAGCACUCCCAGCAACAGGGGGCGUUAGAGCUGAGCCAGGCCAGAACAGAACUGCAGCUACUGAGAGGAGAGAACACUGGACUACAGGAUGAGGUGGUAUUGCUUCAGGAGACAGUGAGGAGAGAGUGUGAAGAGAGAGGGGAGCUGACCGCUGCUCUUACCCAAGCUAGAGAGCAGCUCCUGGUGCUACGACGCCAAGCCUCGCCCCUGGAUCUCUCCCACCUCAAGGGCAAACACCCCCAGACAGACCUCCCACAUUCCCAGACCAAAGUCAGACUGCCCCUCACCUGCUCCUUCACCCCCCAGCACACACUGAGACCCUCCCCUCCAUACACAGCCACGGGGGGGAGAGAAGGGGGAGGCGUGGGAAGGAGUGUGGCAUCCUGGCACGGUAGUGGGGGAGGAGCUGGGGAGAAAGGGAGAGGGGGAGAGAGAGGAGGGAACCUGCCCAAACUGAGGUCCAGCAGUGAGGUCAAACACAGAGUUAAUCUGGUGAUGGGGAGGAAGGAGAGAUCCUGA